ACCAGCUGGUCUUAAUUCCAGGAUGGCAUUUCCCAAGUGUUUCUUGGUGCCCUCCCAUGAGAGCAAGGCAGAGGGAUAAAGAGAGCGGACAAUGGGGCAGAUGGGGCUGUGUCACAAAGGAGAGCAUGGAGAAGGGUCCUGCCUGCUUCCCCCGAGACCUCUUCCCUAUGACUUUACAGUGUGAAAACAGCAGCUCCUCCAUUGGAGUCAUCACAGCACAACCCACAGGGACACCUUUAAUCCUCUUUUCCCUGCACCCUUCAGGCGCUGCCAUCCUCACCAUUCCCUGCAGCACUCCCUGCUCCGUGCCUAUAGCAACCGGGGAGUACACACACCCCUGAGCCCGGCAGCAUGGCAGCAGGGGGGGGACGGAGAGACGUGCAGAAGCCGAUCUCAUUUGGAACAUGCCAAGAGAGGAAAAUGUUCCCUCUGCACGAUGCUCCAGACAGGCUGGGAAUCCAGCUGAAGUCCAUCAGGGGACAACCUUCGCUUGGGCCAGGCUGCUACCUGAGCCAAGAGAGAAGCAGCUUCAGGUACUCCUUGGAAAACAAACCUGUGAGCACCAGAGGCUAUGUGAUAGGAGCAAGGACAGCCCAGCGUUUCCAAACACAGCCACAGACUGUGACUCCCAGCCCAGCAACCUACCACCCAUUCUGGAAGAAAGAGAGGGAAUGCCAGCCUGCCUAUGCUCCGUUUUACACUAAGACACCGCGAUUUCCACAUAAGCCUUCAGAUAGGGAAUUAUUCCCUGGACCUGGAACUUAUGAAGCAGACAAGCAAUUACACAAAAGAAUCACUUGGCCGAUGAAGUUUGGCUCCCCAGACUGGUCUUUAGUGCCGAUGCCACCAAGGAGGAUGCUAAAAAUGGAGGUACAAAAGAUUUAAGGUUCUCGACACCAUCUCACACCUUCCUGUGCUGCUCUGAAGCACUUGGCAUCACCAAUAGCUAAGAGUUGUCUUUUAGAUAACCAUAGACAGAGAAUUCAGGAGACACCGGAACCGAGUGGCCUACCUGAGUUUAUACUUCAGCUGAGGAGCCAGAGCUGCUGCCACGUCCCCCUCUCCCAGAGGGGCACCUCAGGCCUCACCUUUGCUUCCCAUCUCCUCCUGAAGACGCUCAUCUGCACUAGGCAGCCUCUCCAAAUAAAAGCAUUGCAGA